UACAGGCAAAUCUACACAACACUUCUCAACCACCCAAAUCUACAUCUUCACACAACACUUCAAUCGACUCUUCAAACUCCUCAGCCACCUCAUCACUUCCAUAACAAUUCUACAUUCAACACUACUCUUCUAUCAAUCGUCACUUCAUUCCUACAAAUCAACUCUAUUUCUACCAAAAUGUCAUCAGGACCAAUCCGUCAAAUGAUCGGCCCAAUUAUCAAGCUCCUCAAGAAUUACAUCAAUGAAGCACAAAAUAUCAUCACGUCGCCACAGGAUCUACUAGAAGAGAACCAGCUACAACGUCUCCGCACACUCCGCAAACAGUUGAGCUGCAAUACCGUAAGAAUUGAAGGUUUAAAUCGGGAGUGGUUAGAAUUUAUGGGAAAAAUCGACCCGGAAAACCUAGUAAGGGAAGAAAGGAUUUAUGAUAACUUCCAACGCCCGGCGGAUAAUGACCCCCUUUAUCGUCAUUUCACCGAAUGGGUUGCCGAUGCCCAGGCAAUGGUCUUCACUAUCGACGACAUAGUCGAGCGGGAUAGCACAUCGGGAAAUCUACAGUCAAGGGCAAGGUCCCGUAGUGCUUCUCUCCAUUCCGGACAAUCACAGAAUUCCCAGCGGCCACUCGCUCAGGAUUUACCGCGCAAUCCGGCUUACGACUCGUUCAAAAUCGCACCCAUGGAAAUUCCGAAGUUUUUUGGGGACCCUGAAAAAUGGACAAGCUUCUGGCAAUGCUUUGAGUUGGCCAUCCACAAUAACCCGAAUAUUCCGGACGCGCUGAAAAUCCAUCAUUUGUGUAAUUCGCUCAAGGGAUCAGCCGAGGCAACCGUCCAAGGAUUCCCGAGAAUAGCAGAGAAUUACCCAAUUAUAGUAGAAUCUCCUUCAAUUGCCAGCUACAAAAGACACCGCCGACUCACUUCGCGCCUUUUGUGA